UGAGACACAGGUUAUCUAUUUUUAUUUGUAGCGAGCACUUAUUUUUCAAGCACCAACAAAAUUCAUUUAUAAAUUGUGACUAGGUACAUCUACACCAAAAGCUUAAGUGGUUUAUUUUUACAUUUUUCUGAAUAUCGGUCAUUGGUCCAGAUUGUCAUGGAUGACAACACUGCAUUGGUUAAAAUUGAACCGAAACAAGAGGAAGAAAUAAAUUCAUCCCUUGAAAGAAACAUGUUUGUUGCUAAUGAUUUUUUCGAAAUCGUAAAAGAAGAACGAAACGAAAUAUUGAUGAGCAAGGAGAUCAAUGGGAAAGAAACGGAUAUGGUAAAAUUUCGAUGUAACGUUUGUGAUUUCACAACGGGUAAUGACUCGUAUUUUAAAGGACACCUCUUGACGCACAAGGAUACUCAUAAAUGUGCAAAGUGUGAUUAUGUAACAAACGUUAAACAGUACUUAAACGCGCACAUCUUGAUUCACAAAGUAUUUAAAUGUGCGAAUUGCAAGUACGCAACAGAUACUAAGGAAAGUUUAAUGCGACAUUUCCUAAAACACAAUACCGCGCAACUUUUUAAAUGUGGCUUGUGCGAUUAUGUCACAAAUAUUAAAAGCUGCCUUAAGUCGCAUGCAAUAACGCACAACGUUUCGAAAGACUUUAAAUGUGGUGUUUGCAAUUAUGCAACAAAUAAUAAGUACAUUUUGAAACAACAUUUCUUAACGCACAGAGAUUUAAAAGACGUUAAAUGCGAUAGUUGUGAUUAUGCGACAAAUACCAAGGUGAAUUUGCAACGCCAUCGCAUAAAACACAUUGUUUCAGAGGUUUUUAAAUGUGACGUUUGCGAUUACGCCACAAAAUUUAAAAGCCGUAUUAACACACAUCUCUUAACGCACAAUGAUUCGAAACAUUAUAAAUGUAAUGUUUGCGAUUAUGUGACAAACGUUGAACGGUAUUUAAAAAAACAUCUCUUGAAUCAUAAAUUGAACGUUUUUAAAUGUGCAAAUUGUAAUUAUGUAACUAAUAGAAAACGCAAUUUGAAACAGCAUGUGGUUUUGCAUAAAGCGUCUAAACAUUUUAAUUGUGUAAUUUGUCAUUAUGCCACUACUCGUAAAAGCGACUUGAAAAAACAUGUCGUAAUACACAAAGAUUGAAAAGGUUGUAAGUGUGAUUGAUUUGAUUGUUUUCAAUAAAAGCAUUAAAUGUG